UGGACAUUCGCUGCGGAUUGAAUGGGAAGGGGUCUUAUUAGGGUUUUUCUAAUAGUAUUUUCGAUUUUCGUAGUUGUGAAAUUGCGGUUCGGGUUGUAGAUUUUUAUAAAUACUCUUCGAUUUCUUGCCUUAUUUUGUGUGUUUCUUGUGAAUGCCAAAGAAGAAAUUUAAUAUUGUCUCUUUAUUAUUUGAAUAUCAAAAUUAUGACGAAAUCGAAUCCGGGUGUUGAUAGAAUUAGCAAUCUUCCUUCCAAUGUAAUCGAGCGUAUUCUUGGGUUUUUGCCUCUUUGUGAUGCUGUCGGAACAAGUGCAUUGUCGAAAAAGUGGAGAUACAAGUGGGUAACUAUUCCACAGCUUGUUUGCGACGAGAGUUUUGAGGAAUCGUUGAAUGAAGAUGAUGAUGACCUGGAAACGAUAAUAGAUCGAAUCUUGGUGCUUCAUAGAGGACCGAUAACUAAGUUCUCUGUCAAGGAUACUGAGAUACAUAACCCUGCCUCUAUUGAUCGAUGGCUUCUUUUCUUGUCGAGUUAUCACAGCGAUCAUAUGGAGGAUCUUGAAGUUACUUUUCUGGGCAAAAUUCCUUUGCAUAAGAUGCCUACAUGUGUGUUCGAUUUUGAUUGUCUCAAACAUUUGUAUGUUGCAAGUGUUGACAUCAAACUUCCGCCUUCGUUUGGUGGAUUUGGUCGGCUUCUCAAACUUGAACUUAUGUAUGUCGAGAUGGAACUUGAUGACCUGGAAAUAUUACUUUCUAAAUGUCCGAUGCUUGAGUACCUUCAUCUCCAGAUUCCCGUGUUAAAUGGUUCCGAGAAAGGAGGGAACAUACAACCGAAUCAUUGCCUCACUGUUCUAAAACUCGAUGAGAUUUAUUUCGCAAUGCCAGAUUACGUCAAUUUUGUUUUUAACUUGCUCAGAAGUUCUCCUAAUCUGCAGUCUCUUGAAAUUUCAAGCGAGCAUUCUAGUCAUGGUAAUAAGCACGUCGCCAUUGAUUGUCUGAAGGAUGCACCACCUAUUCCUCUCAACCACCUGAAAAAUGCGAAGAUUUCGAACAUGUCUGGUUACACUGUGGAAAGGGAGUUUGUGAGAAAGCUUUUGCAGUGGGCAACUGAACUCAAGAAAUUAAAAUUGAAAUCUUGUCUAAGCGAUGAUGAUGAUAGCGAUGAUGCCGGCAUCGAGCCAGACAAAUCCAAGAUUGUGACCACCUUAAGAAACCUCCCUCGAUCGUCGUCUGCAGCAAAAGUCAUAUUCAAAGGCGAUUGGCGUAAGUGAAGUUCUUUGGGCGUGUUUUUUAGUGUAUGAUUUCCAAAACUUACUAUUCAAACAUUGUUUUGUUGAACUAGGUUUGAACAUUGUUCCUAUGAUAUGAUAGAACAAAGAAAUAGUUUAUGUCCGA